CAAGGGAACUAAAUUUCUGAAACGUCAACAUUCAACAUGAUUUGUCGUGAUGGAAUCUGCUAAUCAAAUUGUAAAUUUCCAUUGAUAUUUAUUUAUUUUAUAUUGCAAGUGGUAAUAUUUUGUGAAGAAACAGUGGGCGCAAAAGUGUUGCUUAAUAAUUACAAAGUUUCAACAUGUAGUGUCUAGUAAACUUUACUGAAUCAUCAAGAUUUCUCUACAUUGUUGAUGUUCACGGAUUUAAGUUAAAUUAUCGUCAGAAUGUCCCUGCCAGGGAAUGGUAUCUUCGUGGUGCAGGGCGAGAUGGCCAUGCUGGUCACCGCCAUGCGACGUAGUACUCGUUGGGGCUCCCAUUCAUUCCCCAACGAAGAAUAUGAUGUUCUUAUGAGAACCUUUCAAGAUCUAAAGACAAUCUUGAACCAAGUGGAUGAUCUUAAACUAUUGGACCCAGCAACAUAUUUGAGCCCUUUUCUGGAAGUUAUCCGAAGCAAGGAGACCACUGGACCAGUUACAAGUCUUGCUCUUUCAGCUAUUCACAAAUUUUUGUCAUAUGGAUUAAUAGACCCGACUCACCCCAGUGUACCGGCUACAGUAGAAGACAUAGCAGAUGCUGUCACACAUGCACGUUUUGUGGGCACUGACCACUCAUCUGACGGAGUUGUCCUCAUGAAGAUAUUGCAGGUCUUGCGCACAUUGAUGCUGAGCCCCGAAGGUGCUAUGCUGACAGAUGAGAGUGUCUGCGAGAUCAUGCUCAGCUGUUUCCGAAUUUGUUUUGAGACCCGACUCACCGAACUACUUCGCCGCAACGCGGAGCAGUGCCUCCGCGACAUGACGCAGCUGAUCUUCAUGCGGCUGCCGCAGUUCCCGGCGGAGGACACCGCCGCCACAUUCGCGAGCCAGGGCCUCUCGCUCAACAAGCGGGACAAGACCACCAAGCGCCUAGCUGCUGUCCACAAUACCAACUCUUUGGAGAGGAAGAUUUCAGUAACUGAGCCUGUCGUUCAGACGGAAUCCGAAACUGACAGUCUUAUAAACAGACACAACCAAGACAAGAAUCUACUGAACGAAGCCGAAAUAACAAUUGAGCCAGUUGAAAAGAAGCACGCGCGACAUUCGUCCAUGGACCUGGCGAGUGCGGACGCGCCCAUCACUCUGUUGCUGGAAAAGUGUGUGGCUGACGCGAGACAGGACCCGCAGAGGACUGAGACAGAUACCGUAGCCCCGGAGUCCGAAGCAGCGGAGACUAAAGCUGUACUAGACCCCUCCUGUAAGACCCCUCCCGCGUCCCCGCCGCCCGACCCCGCCCCCGACCAGCCCGAGGAAGGGAAACAAGAGAAGAAGACGGAGACAGAAGAUAAACUUGAAGAGUAUGUAAACCCGAGAGGCAUUAGGUUCACACCACAGGAAGACGCGACACAUCUGCAACCGUAUGGGCUGGUCUGCGUCAGAGAGCUGUUCAGGUUCCUGAUAUCUCUCUGCAACCCCCUGGACGCCCAGAACACAUCGGCUAUGGUCCACCUGGGACUCAGUCUGGUGGGCACGGCGCUGGAAGUCGGCGCCGACCACUUGGCCGGAUAUCCGUCGUUACUGUACUUGAUUAAAGAUCCGCUUUGCAGGAAUCUGUUGAGCUUACUAAGCACAGAAAGAAUAUCAAUAUUCGCGUUAGACCUGCAAGUUUCCUUCCUGCUCUUCGAGGCACUUCGAUUCCACCUCAAAUACCAAAUGGAGGCGUUUUUCAAGAAAAUUAUAGAAAUAAUAUCCGUCGACACGACUAAAGCUAUAUACGAACUAAAAGAAAUACACAAUUUAGCACUAGAAAGUCUAUGCCAGAUGUUCAGAAUACCCGGCCUAUGUACUGAACUGUAUCUAAAUUACGAUUGCGAUAUAUAUUGCACGAAUAUCUUCGAAGAAUUAACAAAAUUGCUGUCGAGAAACGUUGUGUCUUCGACUUCAUAUAACGUGAAUUCCGUGUCAUUGGAAGCGCUUAUGACUGUAAUAGAAGCGAUCGAGAUUGGUACUAAUCAGAAGGCGGAGAAUAAGAGUGAGACAGAGAUAGGUAGUGUGGAGGAAGUGGAGAUAAAAUACGGACGUGGCGGCCAUGUUUCUUUAGAGUUGGGGGGGAUGGAUGACGCGUCCGUGGUCAGUGAUCACGUGACACACGAUAUCAGUCAGUAUUUUGGCGGGAGUCGACAGGGUAGACAUAGGCCGACUACCGCCGAACUGCCAACGGAAGCCGAGCUGGAUAAUAUUCGAAAUAUGAAAAAGUGGGUGACUCAAGGCACGGAACUCUUCAAUCAGAAGUCAGAGCGCGGUAUAGAGUUUCUACAAGAGCACGGAGUCUUGGCCACACCACUGGACCCUAAUGAGGUCGCCGUUUUCCUCAGAGAAAAUCCAGAUUUGGACAAGAAAAUGAUUGGCGAAUAUAUUUGCAAGCGUUCAUCGCGCGGCGAAGACGAUGGACCAAGCGUCCUGAGCGCUUUUGCGGACAGUUUCGACUUCAAAGGGCUCCGCAUCGACCAGGCCCUGCGGCUUUACUUGGAGACCUUCAGGUUGCCAGGGGAGGCGCCGCUCAUAUUCCUCGUGAUGGAGCGGUUCGCUGAGAGGUGGCAUACAACGAACGGCGAACCGUUCGCGAACACGGACGCCGCGUUCCGGCUCGCGUACGCAGUGAUCAUGCUGAAUAUGGACCAACACAACCACAACGCGAAGAAACUUAACGUGCCGAUGACAGUGGAGGACUUCGUGAAGAACCUUAGGGGAUGUAACGGCGUCGGGGACUUCCCCCAGCCGAUGUUGGAGGCUAUCUUCCAUUCUAUCAAGAAUGAGGAAAUGGUGAUGCCGGCGGAGCGCGUGGGCCCGGUGCGUGACGCGUACCUGUGGCGGGUGCUGCAGCGGCGCGGGGGCGCGGCCGCCGCCCGCUACAGGGGCGCCCCGCCCCACCACACACACAAUGCUAGACUGUUCGCCGCCGCUUGUCCGCCUACUGUGGCAGCCCUGUCGGCGGCAUUCGAGCGCGCGCCCGCGCCGACCGCGGAGGAAGUCGCGAGCAACAACGUGCGCGACAGCUUCGCGCUGCAAGCGCUGUGCGGCCUCGAGCGCUGCGCCGCGCUCGUCGCCAAGCUGCCGCCCGACUCGCUCACGCUGGACUCGCUGCUGCUGACGCUGUGCAAAUUCACCGGCCUGCUGGCGCAACAGAACACCAAUUAUAUUGCUAUCGGCGUAGCACUGGGCCAGUCCAGCAAGAGCCAGGUGGCGCUGACGCGCGCAUUCGCGGUGACGGCGCGCCACGCCGACUGCGCACGCGGCGCGUGGCGACAUCUGCUGGAGAUCGUCAACAUCCUGCACGCCGGCCGACUCUUACCUAAGUGUAUGACAGAGGUAGAAGAUUACCUAUCUCCUACUGGCACGGUGUCUCUGAUACGCGAAGCGGCGCGCGGUUCAGAUGCGGGGCUACUGUCCAGUAUAUAUUCCUACAUCGCCUUGGGUGAAUCAGGCGUGCGAGCCCCCACUCCGCACGAGAAAGCUCUAAUAGACGUCGCAACAGAAUGCGUCGCUAAAUGCAACCUCCCGGGUUUGCUCGUCACCGAGACCAAGUUCCUGCAGCAGGAGAGCUUGCAGGAGCUGAUCCGAGCUAUGAUAACCGUGGGCACGCCCCCGGACGCAGAGUGUCUGCAAAUGAAUCCACAGCUAGAAGAUGUUCCCAUUUUCUUCUUGGAGUUAUUGGGGCAGACUCUUAUUCAAAAUAGGGACCGUCUUCUAACAGUAUGGGAAGACGCAGGACCGCACAUCCGUCUGGUAGUCCUCUGGACAGCGCAACGCGGGGGCGAAGCCCUAACCCGCUCCCUUACCUGCCUCCUACGUACCGCAGCCAAACUGAUGAGAUGUGACCACUGUGCGGCGACGGCCCUGCAUCACCUGACGCUGCUCUUCCAACUGCCUUACAAGCUGUUCUAUCAACAAGCAGAUGUGAUAUCAUGUGGCCUUUACGAGUUGGUGAAGACUUCAGCUCAAAAUGUACACACCGCUGCCGAUUGGGACGUAGUAUUUGCACUGUUAUUGGCGGCCGGCGCAGGAGUUUAUCCUACUGCCACUGGGCAAAGCACGUCAAGCAGAUCAGAAGGUUCCGAAGACGAGAGCGAGCGGCGCCCUACGAGCGUGUCUUCUGAAAGCGAACUGUCGCAUUCUCCGCAAACACAGGGCUGGAUUGUGGUGAAGAGGUCAGAGCCCGGGCGCGCGCGCGCACGCGCGCACGCGCUGGCGCGCAGCUGCGAGACGCUGUCGCUGGUGGCGCGCGACGUGGCGCACGUGACGCCGCACAACUGUGCGCUCGCCGUGCGCGCCGUCACGCUGCUCGCCGGCGCCGCGCUGCAACCCCGAACAGCCCGCGACAGCCGCAAUCAAAGACCGCGUUCUCGCCUCAGACAAGACGACUCCAGCGACGAGGAGGUCGACACCCUCGACCAGUACCACAUGGUCAGCAUACAGCUACUAGACCUAAUGCACACACUGCUCAGUCGCAUCGCUCAGAUAUUCAAGUGGUGGCGGGACGAAGCAGACCAGGGCGCACAAGGCGCAGAAGAAUACGAUCUAUGGGAAGUGGCGUGGAUGCCGCUUUUACAAGGAAUAGCACAGUUCUGCACGGAUAGACGAAAACAGGUAGCGAACAGCGCCAUAGCGUACCUGCAGCGGGCGCUGCUGGUGCCGACGCUGGCGCACAUGGGCAGCGACGGCUGGGAGGCCUGCUUCCAGCGCGUGCUGUUCCCGCUGCUGCGGGGGCUGCCGCGUCGCGCCGACUGCACCGCGCGCGCGCACACCAUCGUGUGCAAGGUGUUCCUGCAGCACCUGUCGGCGCUGUCGCGCACGCCGCGGUUCGGCGCGCUGUGGCUGCGGCUGGUGGCGCUGCAGCGCGCGCUGCUGGCCGCGGCCGCGCCCAACUCCGCGCCCGCCGACGACGCGCUCACUGAGGCCGCGCUCGAGUCGCUCAAGAACAUGAUACUGGUCAUGGAUUCCGUUAAGAUAUUCAGCAACGCAGAGGGAUACAACGAUCUGUGGUACAUGACCUGGGACAAGAUCGGAGAGUUCCUGCCGAACCUGAAAGAGGAACUGUUCCCGCAUGUGAAGGACGAGAAGCCCCCCCUGCCCCCGCACCUGCCCGCCGCCCUCCCCGCGCUGGUGCCCGCGGGACCCGCCAGUAACCCCUCCCUCUUACCUAUCACCCCACCCAUCAUCCAACAUCCCCAACACCAAACAUCGGCCCAAAACAACCAACCUUUCAGCCAACAUUUGACCCAACGCCCGUCGUCAAUCCUAGUCCAAAAUCUCCCGCAGUCUCCUGUCAGCAUUGCUCCAAACCCACCAACGUUAGUGAUACCCACGCCCAUCAGUGGGACAGUGCCGAUAAGGAACCAGCUCUAUGACCAGGCCGGGCUGGCGUCGUCAGUUUUGCUACAACCUUUGAAUGAGAUGAUCUCAACACCCAUUGGAAUAUCAAUCCAGUCUCAAAUGCCGAUCCUAUACCCACAAACGACUACUGAACUACUCCAACCACAACAAGCUGCUGAACCUGUCAAAAUUGAACCACAGACAACGCAGCCAACACUAGAAAUACCACAAACAACGCCCAUAGAGAAAGAAAUCGAACAAUCCGAAUUGUACGCAGAAUAUUUAACAAAUCCAUACAACGAAAAAGAAUUUCCUACCAAAGCAGCGACUAUCUACGACCCAGAAAGUCUUACACCUAACGACCAAAACAUAUUGAAUCUAGAACAGAAAUCGUUCAGUGCGAAUUCGACUCCUAUGCAUAAGGGUAAUAAGGCUCAAUUUGGCUCAACCGAUAAUGUUAGUUCAGGUAUGUUUAAUUUCUCUAGUUAUUUCGGGGGGGUCAAUGAGAGAAGUUCGGAAGUUUUUGACGCAUUGAUGUCGACGCAAGAGGGAUAGCUCUCAGAGUGUGACGUAGGCACGUGGUUAUAGAUGUUUUAAUUGUUUAUUCUCUUUGAGUAUUAAACCAACCGGAGAGUCUAUUUACAAGCUUUGCCAGAUUUUCUGAUAUGACUUUAGGCCAUAGACAGGAAAACUGUAGACAUCUUUUUUUGCUAAUGCAAGAAAGAAUAAAGCGUAUUAAUAAUGCUCGAUAAGAAACGGGACGGCGUACUAAUAACUUGUGUUCCUCAAUGUUUGCUCGGUUUUAUAACGUCUUGCCGCUUUGAUCGGGAAAGUAGACUGUUUAGACAAGUAUACUGAUGGGCAAAGUAGUUGUAUGAGAUGAGCUAGGAAGUUGUAUGGAUGUUCUAUCUCAUUUGACUACGCUGGUUCGUUUCUCUUUAGUGUUUUUUUUUUUAUCUUCGGUUUACGCCCUGGCACCUGAGUUUAAACGAUAACUGUUCGAGACCGACAGUCGUACCCAAUAUUCAUAACCUACAUGUCAGGGGAGGUUCUGAUAUAGUGGGCUUUGUGCGACUAAAUGUAUUUUUGUUUUGUAAAAUCAGUUUACAAAAGAAAAAUACCGUGUGCGUAGUUUCUAACUUAGUGAUUGGUAUUAAUAUUCACGUGCUUAUAAUAAUGUUGUUGAAAAAUGCAUAUGGUUAUCAUUUCUUUAGUUACAUCGCCCGCACUAAAAAGCCAUAAUUUGUUUGCAUCACAAUUUGCGCUUGCGGUCUCACCGGUUGGUUUACUACUCAAAGUGCAAGUAUUGUUUUAUUUUUAUACAGGGCGAUUUUAAUUCUUUAGACCAACCUAAUAGUUUUGUGUCUGUUGCGCCAUUACGUGUAUGUUUAUUGAUUGUAUUUGUAAUUUUUUGAAAUUAUGUAUUAAUGUCAAUAAUCUGUUUUCUAAAUGCACAUGUUUAUCACUCAGUUAAUAUAUAUAUAAAAUUAUAAUGUAUAAAAGUACCGAUUCAAUCCACGGCUCAUCUGUGUCGAGCGCAAAUCUGUACCUCCUCCUGUUCUAUAGAGGAUCUUAUAUUUGUACCAAUGACAAGGAAACUGCUGUGACUACUUACUGAUAAAUUCCACUCAAAAAGAAGAUAAAAGAUUUAUCUAUCUCUUUCAUACACAGCACUCUUUCAGAAACAGGUAUAUGUGAGCUAGAGACAAAAAGACCGCUGUUUCCACAGCUAUGUAUGUAGUUAUAUUAUUGAACACACAAUAUGAGUUUUUGCUAUGAACCAUACAAAUUUGUGAGUAAAAAAUGUUUGGUCGCACUGGGAAUCGAACACAGAAUCUAUAUGAGGGCAUGAACACUGCACAUAUAUUUUACUAUAUUUUUAUACACACACGUUUGGGUUUGCACAAAAAUAAUAUUUUCGUUGUUUCAUUGUAUACUGUUAUGUUAUGAUUCUUCUUUAGAAAAUAGCUAUAAAUUAAAUAAUCAGAUCAAAUUUUACUUCUAUGUUUAUGACAAUAAUGUCUGUAUUCCCACUUCCCAGUAAUUAAAUGAAAGUUAUGUACACUGUAAUGUUAUGUGAAAUAAAUAAUUAUAUAGACUUAAUUUUGAUUUAGGGUUUGUAUAUUCUUCUCGUGGAAUAGUGUAAAAUUAGUUCAAAAUAUGCAAGCCGAUAAUAUCAAUCUAUACUAUAAAGCAGAAGUUUGUGUGUUUGUUUGAACUCCCUAAUCUGUGGAACUAAUGGUCAGAUUUGAUUUUUUGUGUAUCAUACUUGUCAGGAAGUUUAUGCGCUGUCCAGAUCCAGAAAAUUCCACGUGAGCGACGCCGCGGGUUCAGCUUGUGUUUCAAUAUCAAAUAGGGCCUAAUAUUUGAGUUACAUUUAGGACUAAAAUAUAUGUAUAUUAACAUUCCAGGCCAUUCAAUGUAUUUAUUUACUUUAUUAUUAUAGGAUGGUGAAUAUAAAAAUUUAUCAGUUUUAUUUGUUAUACUUUGUGAAAUAUAACGGAAUUACAUAUAGGUUAUCUUUAGAGGAAAUGUACAUUGUAUAAUUAUUGUUUCAUUUGUAUAGAGAGUUAUAUCAACAUUAUCAGUGUAAUAUAUGUUAACAGUUUAUUAAUAAAAUGUGUUUAACGGA